CAGGCAACUUGUCAAUUGUACCGAAAUGAAAUGUUUUUCAUCAAAAUGUUUCUCAUCAAAAUUUUCAUUUCCACUAAAUAACCUUUCCAUUUGUAUUUCAUUGGAAAUCGUAUUUCGCUAAAACGUUGUAGUCCAAAAAUCCUUCAAUAUGUCCAAUAAUAAAAUGGAAGUGGAUGAAACCGAUGCCGAGGAAUUUCAAGACAUCGAAGAGUUCUCCGAUGAGGUGCCGUCCUGCAGCAACACGCAGCCACAAGCAAAGCGUUUCGUCGUGAAAAACUGGCAGGCGCAGGCGCUCUGGUCCUGGGACGUAGCCGUCGACAAUUGUGCCAUUUGCCGCAAUCAAAUUAUGGAUCUUUGCAUUGAUUGCCAGGGAAAUCCGCUUUGCUCCAACACCAAGGAGGAAUGCACAGUCGCUUGGGGCGCUUGUAAUCAUGCUUUUCACUUCCAUUGCAUUUCACGUUGGCUCAAAACGCGCCAGGUGUGCCCAUUGGACAACAAGGAAUGGGAUUAUCAGAAAUAUGGCCGUUAGCUAUCGCCGUCAGCUACCAAAUCUAAACUACCAGCAACGCAAUAUUAUUUUGUCCCAUUUGCUAGUUUGUAACACUUCUCGCCAAAUGUUUAUUUUUUAAGCAUAUUUACCAUAUUUUGUGAAUAUCAAAAUCGAAAAUCAA